AUGGCAUUAGGAGGAGUCUCACAAGAAAUCAAGCAAGCUGAUAACGAAAUCAGAGAAAUCGUCAACAAGGUCAAGUCUGAAAUCGCUGAAAAGCUCGGAAAGACUGCUGAAGUUGAACCAAUCUCAUACAAGACUCAAACUGUUGCUGGUACCAACUACUUUGUCAAGGUCAAGGUUGCUGAUUCAUUUGCCCAUCUCAGAAUCUACAAGGAUCUCUCCCAAGCCGUCUCUCUCCACUCUGUCCAAGAUGGCAAGACCUCUGAAGACAACAUUGAAUACUUCUAA